AUGCAAGCCAUCAAGCUCUACCCAACGAUGAUCGUCUGGUCGACCCUCUUCUCCGCAGCUAUCGCCCUGGGAGGCUACAAUCUGGUGCUUAUCUCAUCAUUCUUCGCGUUCCCUCAUUUCGCCCAGGAAUACAGCCUCAAAAGGGGCGUCGGGCAGCUACCAGAUCCCGGCAGCAUGGCAACUGAGCGCUUUGGGUUGAAGAAGACCUUGUUGGGUACAUCGGCCCUGCUCAUCGGCCUGAUCUUCACCCUGCUCUUCGCCCAAAAAGUGCAGACCUUGCUGUUCGGCGCCAUAGUCAUUGGAGUUCUUUGGGGUGUCUUCUAA